AAAAAAAGAAUAAAACAACGGUCAACAGCUAUUUUUAAAAUGAAAACCAUACAAAUAUUUUUGUUUUCGUGUUUAAUGUUGAUAAUUGUUUGAAACAAUUAAGCUAUAAAUAAAUAAAGAUUUGUAAGUUUAUUAUUAACAAUAAAUUAAAACUAGUUCUCAAAGUAUACUUUAUUUAUAUAAUGGAGAACAAACCUAAGUUGGAACCAGUUAGAUUGGCAGACUGGGCGCACAAUUGUGCAUUUGCGAAAGACAUCGGGCUAAUGUCGGAGACAAAGCGCCCUAAGCAAUCGGCCACUGAAUCAAAUACAAAAGUCAGAUUCAGUCCUAUUCCUCCUACUCAAUUACAUUUAAGUUUUCAAGCAUUAAAACCUAGUGGUAUUGGGCAGACACCAGCACGACCAGUGACCUCAUUAAAGAAAAAUAACUGGAAUUCCUCUGUUAAAAUAGUUAGUAAAGAACGAAGAAUGACAGAGAUAAAAUCCAAUAUAAGAAAAACACUAAACUUCAAUUGUAAAGCUAAGCCAACCAAUACUAGGAAAACUCUAAUUGAAAAAGCAACACCACAAUUACAUACAUUCAAAAACUCAAAAGUCAAGAAAGAUGGAUCAGUUUUAAAUAAUGAAAUUAAGUUAAGUGGAAUAAAAAGAAUUCCCGUCACACCUAAGUGUAAAGAAAUUGCACCAAAAACGUUACAAAUAAAGACACCUAAGAGCAUUCUUCGGAAAAAAGUUCUUCAAAAUACAUCUUGCUCAAGUCCUUCUCAAAAAUCUUGUGAUGGUGAUGCUACAUUUCUUCGUAUCGAAAAGGAAAUCGAUGAAAUGGUGCAGGAAAAGGAAAUAGAAAAUGACAUUGAUAUAAAUGCUGCAUUACCAUCAUCAACACCUUUUAAGACUACAAAUCAUCUAGAGUACUUUCCAACAUCUGAUGCUGACUCUCUUCAGAAGGACAAAACAAUCCUAGAUUUUAGUAAUGUAAGUGAAAAUGAGAAUGCGGUUGUGGCUCUAUGUGAUGCAUUUAAGAAGGCACUCAUCUCUCAUACCUGUCAAAAAACAGAUUUGAAACAAGAACGAGGAGCCCUAAUAAGUGUUAUAGAGGUUGCUCUCAAACAUUUACAAGAAAUAGAAGAAUUUGAAAAAGAAAAUACAGUUUAUAAUAAUAGAAAACAAUUAAUGGGUAGCAGUUCAAAAUAUUUCUGCAGGACAAAAUCACCAUCAUUUAUAAUACAAAAAAAAAUUGUUUUCCAAAACUCCCCUAAAAAAUGCCUUAUUUCUCCGAAAGUUGAAAAAGUUGAUGCUAUAAAUAUUUAUAUGGGUCUAAAAAGAAAUUUAAAUUUUUUAAACACACCAAAGAUAGAUAAGACACGAAAUAAUGAAACUGACACUCCAGUUCAAAUAAAGAAAAACCUGCAAUCCCAAUUAAAUAGAUUGUACAAUGACAGUGAGUCAUAAUGCUAUUCAGACUCACAAACAUCUAAUAGACUGAAAUUAGAAAAUUUAAUUUUUUAGAAAACUUCAGUAUAAAUAUUGCAAUACAGUAAAGGCCAAAAUUAAUUCUUUCUAUAUUACAAUCAUGUCCAUUUACACAUUCGAGUUAUUUUUCAAAUUAAUUAAUUUAAAUUUAUCAGAAUAAGUUUCAAGGCACUAAUAACUUAACCCUUAUGAUUUUAUUUUAUUUUUAAGACGUAACAUUUGCUACCACUACUAGUGCACUAUAAUGAAAUUGGCAUAUCCUUUGUAUAUUUUUGUAAUAAAUUUCUAUGAAAAUCCCUAGUCAGAUUUUGUUCUAUCACAAUUUUACCAACUACUAGUAUAACAAUCAUUUUAAUAAACAUUAAGAUUUUACUUUUAAUUGUAGGGGUAGGAUUAUCUUAAUUAUUAGGUCAGAGUUCAUUUUUUCAUUCAUAUUUUUUUCUAAGUAAUGCAACUUCUGGUGUUCUCGGUUAUUAUUUUGACCGACAGGGUAUGUAGUCUAUUUUGUAAAAAUAUUAACAUAAUAAUAUGACAAAACAAAUAGUUGUAGGUAUAGAAUGUAAUUAACUAAUUAGAACAGAAAUGUUUAACGCUGCCAUUAAGCUUUAGUGUUGUCAAUUUUAAUUCUCAACAAGAAAUAAAGGCCUUUCCAGGUCCACGACGGCAGGUAAAUGUAAUUAGUAGUCUAUACUCUAUAUAAUUUGUGAAUAUACUAAAUACCGCUAAAGUUCGAAAUUCAAUUCAAAGACUAUAAAAUACAUUAAUACCGGCCACUGCGCAGGCGCUGUCAGAAAUUUGAACUAUAUAGAUUAUAUUAAUAUUUGAUAAAAUGAACAAUCUGUAUUAGACAUUGGUGUCUCAAUCAAUUCUCAUUUGUUAUAUUAUUAUUUGUAUAAUUGUAAUAUAAUUAGUUAAAAACUAGACUAUAAUAAAUUAUUACUUUAACUCUUAAGCUAUUUCUGACAUUGUGAACAAUAAUUAUAAGCAUUUUUUUUGUACGUGUUGUUGCUUUAGAGAUAAGUGAUAACAUUAUCAACAAUAUAUAACAAUCGUUUUAAUAUCAGCAGCGAUUAAGUUUUAGUGCUAAAUAUAUUUUUUAAAAUGGCUCUAUCAAAACCUAUUAUGAAUUUAGUUGCAUCUUAUUUACAAAACUUGUACUUGCACCCAAUAAAAA